AUGCAGAACCUCAACAAGCCUACCCGCGCCUCAGACUUCACCGUCGCCCAACUCCAAGCCCUGCACACCACCUCCACCACAACCUGGCCCGUAACCCUAGAAUCCGCCGCCUACAAAUCCUUCAUCCUCAACAUCAAGCCCAACUUAGUCGACAGAGUCCCUCAAUGGAUCUAUACUUCGAAUGUGAAGCGUGACGACUCGUUUUAUCGGGUGGACUCACUGAAAGGAGCUCAGGCCUGUUGUCGUUUCAAACAUAGGUCUCAUUUCAAUGCAAAAGCUAUUUUUGGACCAACUCAAGACUUCGACAUCGGCGGGGCCAAAGCCGAAAGACACGAGCUAGAGUGCGACAUGCUCGAAUCUACGACUCCUAGCAGAAUGUUCAAUAACCUCACCCUCCUCAUUUUCGCACUCCUCUCCACCGUUUCCCCUACCCUUGCGCAAACAGAUCCCGUCUCAUCAGAGCCCGACUUCUCCGUGAACGCCACCCUCGGCGAGGAACAGACCCUCUGCGUCGACCCCCACCCCUUCUACCCAGACUGGGCCGGUUCCCGCCUCAUCCACGACGACUGCCUAUCAGCAUAUAAGGAUCUCUGGCUCAUCAUCACCCCUCAAUACCAGCAGCAGCGCCGAUGGACAUAUUGGUUCCAGGCUCCUGCCCCGAAGACGCCGUAUCAGCAGCUGACGCCGCUGGGUAUGGUUCACGGUACGUAA